AUGGCCACCUCACGCGUUGGUGCGACGCUGCCAAAGAUAAAAGUCACCGUCGGCCACAUCCCUCAACGUUUGAAAGACACUGUUUUCCCACCAGGCCGAGCUAGACUUGAAAUCCUACGUCAAAUUGUUACUCGGUUGGUACGCGAGGAGCGAGUCGAGCUGAAGUAUAACCGUGCUGUCGAAGCUAGACAGUACACAGAAAGGCUGAUCCAACUUGCUGUGAAUGAUGGGCAGCGCGAUGAGUACACAAAUCGCAUGAUGGAUUGGUGGUUGCUGGAGAAGGAUCUGGUCGAGAAAAUGUAUAAAGUUAUUGUUCCGCGUUUUAAAGAAGCUGAGGGCCCUUAUACGUCAUUGUUCCGGCUGCCCGAUCAGUUGCUGACGCAGCGAUUGCGUGGAGGGCGACCCCAUUGGAAGCAUUACCAAAUCGGCGUUCUAGAAAUUGAUGGAAAUCCCUUCCCACCAAUAAAGCAAAACGACGUCGCCAGGUCUGACCCGUUCGUCGAAACGCUCAUUGAAAAAGCUCUCCGAACGCGAAGUGCCGAUCUCGAAGCAAAGCUCAAGUCGAUAUUACUCGUCCUCCGUGCCCUACUCUGGUUCGCUCACGCUAUCGAAAAUAGUAAAAUGAUUUUUAUGAUGAUCCAUCUAGGCGCAAUCGCCGACGACGAAAAAAUGGGCAAGGGACAUCCGUGCCUACAGCCACUGUCGCCGCCGUCGACCCCAGCCACCGUGAACACUGGCAACAAUGAUUUUCUGCCGGAUCCAUCUUGUUUCACGGAGGCGAGGACACGGAUAAACGUGGGGUGGCUCUCCGGGCCAGCAGAUGCGAAGCCCCUCUACGAUACUUCGAUCUCGACUUACAGCCAGCGCCUCGGUUGCAAGCUCUACAAUUUCGUCUGCUAUCCGGUCGGAGGAGCUGUACGUGGUUUCUGGGAGCCGAAAAGCAACGAUUAUAAUCCGCCGCCGAUCAGUCUCCCCGAUUUGCAGCUGCAAAACCAUCUGUGGGAGACUUAUGUAAACGGUCAAGUCAGCGCAUGGAUCGAUUGUGACGCUGAUGACGAGAAAUUGGCGGCCCUGAGCGAGAAGGAAAUUUUAAAGGAAAUCAACUACGCUUGCUAUCUCGGCCUUCGGAAUUUCACAAUCCCGUUGAAACGGGCUUCCUCCCCUCGGCUCGCUGCUGUUUUACGUAAAUGGAUGUGGACGAAGAAUACCAGUCUCAGUUUUUGGAUAUUUGUCCCAACGUCUUCCGACAACAUAAUCAUCAACUCCGGUGACCCGACAGACAUCUGGACGAUUUGGUCGGAUUUCCGCACACUCUGCAACAACUUCCAUAUGAAGAAGCUAAACGUGGGCCUACGGCUGUGUACGGAUGUGGAAGAAGAGUUUUUGGAUGGGGCACGAGUCUCGCGUUGGAGAGGCGAACCUCUGGCUGCUUUUUGGGUGGAUUCGGAAGUUUUCCUCAACAUGCCAGAGACAGGAGCUGUUGGACUUUCGCAUGCUCACUCGACGUUGCUGUCUGCGCUCUGGGUGAAAGACCAGUCUCGCGUUGUGGUUCGUGGGCCGGAUGACCGUGAGCUUCCGUCGGAAACACUGACGCAAAUGGCGACUGCGCUCCGAGCGGUCGUUUCCAAUUGUGCUUACCAGAUUCGCGGUUUCACAGAUGUCGGCUAUUUGGCCGACGGUUCAAUUGAUUAUACGGAUGUGUUGCAGAUGCCUCUCCAACCGCUAUCGGACAACCUCGAUUCUGGUGUUUACAAUACGUUCGAGCAGGAUCCUUGCAAGUACACCCGUUACCGGGACGCCAUCUUUCUCGCCAUCAAGGAUAUCGCAGAGGUUCCGUCCUUCGGCGAUGACCUCACUCUCUACGUGUUGGGUGCCGGGCGAGGGCCAUUAGUUUCCGCAAGUAUCGAGGCUUUCCGCGAAUUUAACAAGAAACACCGCACGCGACACAAUCUGCUGCGGCCCAACAUUGUCGUCGUGGAGAAGAACCCAAAUGCUAUCGUCACGCUGCGUUUUUGCAACGAGCGAGCUUGGCAGGGCAGCUGUACGAUCGUCGAAUCGGAUAUGCGUUCACUGGAAGAGAAGGUAGAGCAGCUGGAAUUGGAGAAACCGGACAUUAUUGUAUCCGAAUUGCUCGGAUCGUUUGGCGACAACGAGCUGUCGCCCGAAUGCCUAGACGGCGUUUCGGGGAUCCUAAAGCCGAAAACUAUCUCCAUUCCACAGUCUUACACGAAUUACAUCACCCCAAUCCACUCGACGUACAUGUACCAGUCUGUAAUCAACGGAUCCCGUUGUCAUUGGUCGCAGGGGAUGGGCAAUCACGGUCGGCAGCUUCCGGUGGAGCAGGAAGACGGGAGCUGGAUUUAUGAGAGCAAAACCGACACUGCGUCAAUCAUGGACCAGGUCUACGUGGUUUUCCUCAAAUCCGCUACCCUGAUUGCGAACCCGAUGCCCGUGUUCACCUUCGACCACCCCAACUUCACCGGCGCGUCGAAUGAGCGCAGCCAGCGAAUCCCGUUUGAAGUGGGGAUGAAUGUGGAUAUAAUGGGCUUUGCUGGUUAUUUCCGGAUGACGCUUUACAAAGAUGUGGAGCUGUCAAUCGAGCCGUCCUCCCACUCGCCGGGGUUGAUCAGCUGGUUCCCGGCGCUGUUGCCGCUGCGUAAGAUGCAUCGGGUGAACAGUGGCGAUAAGAUUACCCUGAUCAUCGAUCGAAAAGUGGACAGCACCGGUGUAUGGUACGAGUGGCAGUUGGAAUAUGAGGAAAACGGCGAGACGAAGCUGACCCCGCGGCAAAACAAGAACGGCGAGACCUAUUAUAUGCGUUUGUCCAGC